UGCUGACGUCAGGUGCGUGCCCCUGUCCGGCAGCCGAGGAGACCCCGCGCAGCGCUGCCAACGCCCCGGCGGAGAAGCUGAGGUCAUCAAAUUUGAAAUAUUUAAAGUGGAUACAAAACUAUUUCCGCAAUGCAGACAAUUAAGUGCGUUGUUGUGGGCGAUGGUGCUGUUGGUAAAACAUGCCUCCUGAUAUCCUAUACAACAAACAAAUUUCCAUCCGAAUAUGUACCAACUGUUUUUGACAACUAUGCAGUCACAGUUAUGAUUGGUGGAGAGCCAUAUACUCUUGGACUUUUUGAUACUGCAGGGCAAGAGGAUUAUGACAGAUUACGACCGCUGAGUUAUCCACAAACAGAUGUAUUUCUAGUCUGUUUUUCAGUGGUCUCUCCGUCCUCAUUUGAAAAUGUGAAAGAAAAGUGGGUGCCUGAGAUAACUCACCACUGUCCAAAGACUCCUUUCUUGCUUGUCGGGACCCAAAUUGAUCUCAGAGAUGACCCAUCUACUAUCGAGAAACUUGCCAAGAACAAACAGAAGCCUAUCACUCCAGAAACUGCUGAAAAGCUGGCCCGUGAUCUGAAGGCUGUCAAGUAUGUGGAGUGUUCUGCACUCACACAGAAAGGCCUAAAGAAUGUGUUUGAUGAAGCAAUAUUGGCUGCCCUGGAGCCUCCAGAACCGAAGAAGAGCCGCAGGUGUGUGCUGCUAUGAACAUCUCUUCAGAGUCCUUUCUGCACAGCUGGUGUCGGCAUCAUACUAAAAGCAAUGUUUAAAUCAAACUAAAGAUUAAAAAUUAAAAUUCGUUUCUGCAAUAAUGACAAAUGCCCUGCACCUACCCACAUGCACUCAUGUGAGACAAGGCCCAUAGGUAUGCCCCCCCACCCCGCCAUACUAGUUAAUUUUGAGUAAUUGUGUAUUGUCAGAAAGUGAUAAGUACUAGUUUCUGUUGUUUAAAAAAAAAAAAAA